AUGUCUCUCGGUCUCCACCGAGCAAAGGUAUAUCCUUCUGACGAAGUCCCAUCGAUUGCUGCCGAAGCUCGGAAAAGAGUGUUUGCCGCCGUCUUCAGGAUGGAUAAAGGAGUUGCAACCUUCACGGGUCGACCUCCAAUGUUCAGCCGAAGAUACACCACGUCACAAUCGCUGCCCUUGGAUGUCAGUGACGAAGUGCUGCUCGCCGGAGGAGAGACAUUGGCGAGAGCCAUUGCUUCGUUGGACGAGAAUGGGUUUAAUACGGAUGGGAAAGUCUACUCAACCACGAUCCUUCGGGCGCGGACACUGCUAGCACUUGUGCGUGACGAAGUUCUCGAAAUUGCUUUGGGUUGCAAUGAAAAUGACGAUAUUCUUGAGGUGGCCACGCGUCUGAAGAGGAAAUCAUGCGAGACCUAUGCGAAAUUCUCACCAAACAUUCAAUACCACCCGGAUAUUCUUCUGGACAAGACAAUGAGAGGGCCGGCACUCUACGCAAGGACAGUGACUCGUCUGGAACAUCUCGAAAACUUGUUCCUCCUCGAACGGCUACUAAUCAAACACGGUGGCGGCAAUAUGCAAGAGUUGAUCGAUGUCUCCUGCGACAUGCUGGACUUGACCUUGGUAUGGUGGAAGCAUUCGAAUCGAUUUGCCGGCAUGCACAGUGACUUGGAAUGGUUGGUCACAAGCUACGCAGCGCCCACAGCAGGCGUGUUAUGCAUCGAACUCCUAAAGCAAUUGCACAGCAACUCACGACAAGCAAACCGGCUGGGCGCCUACGAGAACAACACAGCCCCGAGAUAUAACAUCCCGCGAUCACAAACAAUCCAAAACCUCACCCUCUUCGUCGGCUUCCUGGAUUGGAUACAAGUUACUGAACCGCCCACGACCGACAUCUGCACCCGCAUCCGCGAGAUUGUGUCACGAGUGCUCGACGAGAUCCUGGGCGGCGGCAGCAGCGGAAAUGUAAACACAGGAGCUGGACUAGGUGCUCCCAUUGGUGGUGGUCACGGUGUCGUUUCAGCGCCUGCGGACAGUCGUCUGGCAAACCCACACAUCACAUCGUCACAUGUGCUGGAUAGAGGAACUGCACCGCUUACGGCGGCGACGGCAAUCACGGCGGAAGAAGAAUUACCGAGUACGGCGUCCUUCGCGCAGCUGGACACGUUCUCGACCAUGUUCGACUUCGACAAUGCAGAUCUCUGGAAUUUCGAACUCAUGGAUACGUAUGGUUGGAUAGAAGGUUGA